AACUACUUAUUUAAUUAAAAAUGUGAUUUUUCAAGAGAAAAAAAAAAUUAAACAAGGGCUAGGUUUUAUGUCAUAAUUAUGCCCUUUUUACUGUUCCCCUUGGUUCAAUUUUAUAUAUUUUCACCCUGUUCUUUCACUCACCAAGGAUACAUGAAAAAGCUAACCCUAUUAUUCACUGUCCAAUUUCAAUUUCUGUGUCACCGUGGAAAAGAAAAACCCGCGAAAGGCUUUGUACUGAGCAAUACGCGAAACCCUUCGAUCAAAGGUUGGAUAUGAAUAUGCAGAAGAAGUCGCUAUUGCCACUGAACGACGCGAAUGCGAACAAGAGGAAGGCGUUGUGCAGCAAGGAAACUUUGGUGAAGCUUCUUAGACGGCAUUUUGGGUACGCUGAUUUCAGGGGCAUGCAAUUGGAUGCUAUUCAGGCCGUGCUCUCAGGAAAAGAUUGUUUUUGUCUAAUGCCAACUGGAGGAGGCAAGUCGAUGUGUUUUCAGAUUCCUGCGCUUGCAAAAUCAGGAAUAGUGCUUGUUGUUUGUCCUCUAAUAGCCUUAAUGGAAAACCAAGUAAUGGCACUAAAGGAGAAAGGAAUUGCUGCUGAGUUUCUCUCCUCAACAAAAACAACGGAUGCAAAAGCAAAGAUUCAUGAGGACCUAGAUUCUGGAAAACCUUCUACAAGGCUGCUAUAUGUGACUCCAGAGUUGAUAGCAACACCAGGGUUUAUGUCAAAGCUGAAAAAGGUUUAUGCUAGGGGUUUGCUAAAUCUCAUUGCCAUAGAUGAGGCACAUUGCAUCUCAAGUUGGGGUCAUGAUUUCAGACCUAGCUACCGUAAGCUUUCAUCUUUGAGAGGCCACCUACCAGAUGUACCAAUAUUAGCUCUGACUGCUACUGCAGUGCCUAAGGUUCAGAAGGAUGUAGUUGAAUCCUUGCAGAUGGAAAAUCCACUAAUACUCAAGUCUUCCUUUAAUCGUCCUAAUAUAUAUUAUGAAGUUAGAUACAAAGAUCUAUUGGAUGAUGCUUUUGCUGAUUUAUCUAAUACACUAAAGUCUCUGGGAGAAGUCUGUGCAAUAGUGUACUGCCUGGAACGUUCAAUGUGUGAUGACUUGUCAGCUAAUCUAUCCCAAAGUGGCAUUUCAUGUGCUGCUUAUCAUGCAGGAUUGAAUAAUAAAAUGCGAACUUCGGUGUUAGAUGAUUGGAUUUCUUCCAAGAUAAAAGUUGUUGUUGCCACUGUUGCUUUUGGAAUGGGCAUUGAUAGAAAGGAUGUUAGAAUUGUGUGUCACUUCAAUAUUCCCAAGUCAAUGGAAUCAUUCUAUCAAGAAUCAGGCAGAGCAGGUCGUGAUCAAUUGCCAUCUAGAAGUCUGUUGUACUAUGGGGUAGAUGACCGCAAAAGAAUGGAAUUUAUAUUAAGAAAAUCGGGGAGCACGAAGUCUCAGUCAUCUAGUUCACAAGAAGAAUCAUCUAAAACGUCACUGAUUGCUUUCAAUCAGAUGGUUGAAUAUUGUGAAGGACCUGGAUGUCGCAGGAAAAGGAUUCUCGAGAGUUUUGGGGAACAGGUAACAGCAUCACUAUGUGGAAAAACAUGUGAUGCCUGCAGACAUCCAAAUUUAGUUGCCAGAUAUUUGGAGGAUCUCACAACUGCUUGUGCUCUACGCCAGAAAAAUGGUUCUUCUCGAGUUUUUAUAACCAGUUCUACUGAUGCAAUUGACAGAGAACAGAUAUCUGAAUUCUGGAACCGGGAUGAGGAAGCAAGUGGAUCAGAGGAAGAUAUAUCUGAUUCAGAUGAUGUUAAUGAGGUUGUCAACAACCUACCCCGAUCAAAGCUUCAAUCCAGAUUGGGAGUUAAUGAAAAGCUUGCUAUGCUACAACGAGCUGAAGAAAACUUCUAUCGAAAUAAUAACACUUAUAAACAGAGCAACAAAGUUGACAAAAAUGCUAUUUCUGAUUCAAUGCGAGAUGCAAGCAGGAAAAGGUUACAAAAUGCUCUAAAGCAAGUUCAGCAACGGCUUGACAACUUCAAGAUUGAAAUGGAAGCAUCAGCAUCUUUUCUUGAAGAUGAAUGCUACAAGAAAUAUGGCAAGACUGGCAAAUCAUUUUAUUAUUCCCAAGUGGCAAGUACUGUAAGAUGGCUGACAACCGCAAGUUCUACCGAAUUGAUGAGCCGACUUUGUGCAAUUAAUGCUUCCACCACAAAGAAUGUCGUGUCUGAAGCUGAACAGCCCCUCACAUCGCCGCCUGCUUUAGAAGAUACUUGUGCAGGAGAUACCAGCAAUGAACACUCGGGCAAUGCUAGAUCAGAAACUUCCCCAUGUGUUGUGCCAAUAGAAAGUUCUUCGUUUAGUACUAAGUUGCCACAAAUACCAUCCUUCUCUGAAUUCGUAAAUAGUAGGAAAGCAAAAGGGGACCCAUUAAAUGACACAAAAAUGCAUUCAUCAAGAGUCGAAAAGAAAAUGAGGAUACAGUAGAUUUACUCUUGUAGCUUGUAUUAAUGAGUUCAGAUUCUAGUUACUGUAUCAAGUGCCAACUUUGGUUUUUGUAAAUCAAAUGGCAUUGUUUUUGAAUCAUUUUCGUCCUUAUAAGAAUAAAAUCCCAUUUGAGCGUUCA